AUGGCGAUUAUGCCUUCUCUUGCAGUUCCUUCAACUCCCAUGAUUUGGGUAAAGCUGUUUCAAUGCCAACCCUGCCAAUUCCAUAGAUGCUCAGAAAUAUAUCUUCCACGUCUAACAAGAACUAGAUCAUUCAAAGUAUCAAUGGCAGACAAUAAUGAACCGAAGGAGGUUAAGAUGAAGAUUAGAAUCAUAAGGGAGAAACUCAAAGAAGCAAUGCCAAUCUCAGUUCAAGAGUUUCCUUGGAAAAAGGCUGAGCAUAUACUUCUAGAGAGACUACUUAAUUUUGCCCAAGAGGGAGUGAAGUGGUCUCUUGUUUUGUUUUUCAUUUUUAGCUUUGUAUCAGAUGUUGUAUAUACUUUGUCCAUAAACCGUGAGCUGAUAAUUCCUGUUGGCCUCUUUGUUGGCUGUGUUGUGGCUGAUUUCUUGAAGGAGAUAUCACAAGAGUUGUUUCAUAGAUCUGAGGAGAAAGAUUUGAAAUGGCAUCUUUUGGGAAUGUACUGCAUUUUUGUGUUUGUCAAAAUCAUGUCCACAUGGUUUGCAACACUACCUCGUGUGUUUCUUUUGCAUGUUGCAAGUGGGGGACUGAUGCAGGUUUUGUGGCGUUGGAAAAUUUUUAUAGAAGAUGCAAAGAACCAACAAGAAAUGAGUAACUUCUCUCAUGUAGAGACCUCAUGA